UGCGCGCCCCCGUCCCGCCGCGCGGCCUCGCCUCCGUGCGCGCGCGGCCACGUGUACGGCGGCGGGUUCGGGUCCCGGUUCGGGUCCCGGUUCGGGUUCGGGUCCCGGUUCGGGUCCGGCGGCACCGACCGAGAUGAGCGUGGGGUUCAUCGGCGCGGGGCAGCUCGCCUUCGCCCUGGCCCGCGGCUUCACCGCGGCAGGGGUCCUGGCUGCGCACAAGAUCACGGCGAGCUCCCCGGACACUGACCUGCCCACCGUGAGCGGGCUGCGGAAAAUGGGAGUGAACUUCACGGUGAGCAACAAGGACACGGUGAAGAGCAGCGAUGUCCUCUUCCUGGCCGUGAAGCCACCCAUCAUCCCCUUCAUCCUGGAGGAGGUGGGCCCCGACAUCGAGGCGCGGCACAUCGUGGUGUCCUGCGCGGCCGGCGUCACCAUCAGCUCCAUCGAGAAGAAACUCUCUACCUUCUGCCCCACACCAAAAGUGAUCAGGUGCAUGACCAACACCCCAGUGAUAGUCCGGGAAGGCGCUACAGUCUAUGCCACUGGAACUCAUGCGGAUGUGGAAGAUGGGAAGCUUCUGGAACAGCUGAUGGCCAGCGUGGGCUUCUGCACCGAGGUGGAAGAGGACCUCAUCGAUGCUGUAACGGGGCUCAGUGGCAGUGGCCCUGCGUAUGCGUUCACUGCCCUGGAUGCUCUCGCGGAUGGAGGAGUGAAGAUGGGCCUUCCCCGCAGGCUGGCAGUGCGGCUGGGAGCUCAGGCCUUGCUGGGUGCUGCCAAAAUGCUGCUGGAAUCUGAGCAGCAUCCGGGCCAGCUGAAGGACAAUGUCUGCUCGCCCGGGGGAGCCACCAUCCAUGCCCUGCACUUCCUGGAGAGUGGUGGCUUUCGCUCACUGCUCAUCAAUGCUGUGGAGGCUUCCUGUAUCCGGACAAGGGAGCUGCAGCAUUUGGCAGACCAAGAGGAGAUUUCCCCGGCUGCCAUAAAGAAAACGUUGCUGGACAAGGUGAAGCUGGAGUCUCCUUCUCUGUCUGUGGCGUCUGCUAGCAAGGUCAGCCUGUUCACCAGCAAGAGCAAGAAGAACUGACCAGGCUGCUGUGUCCUGGCAGUGCCGAAUGCCAGUGUCCUGCUUGCAGCCAGGACAGGGUUAAUUUUGGCAGAAGCCAGGAAAGGGAGGCCAGGACCCUGGUUAUUCUAUACAUGGUGGGCAAGGGGGAGGGGGAGGGUUUGCAGCGGGGGACAGGGGCUGAAGAGGGCUGGGGAGAAGGGGUUCCUCUGGCUGGUUGCAUGAAGCGAGCAGUGGGAGUAGCAUCGUGUUACACGUGGUGAGCACUCGCGUGUGAAUCCUUCACCUCUCUUCUGCACUUAAUAUUGCCACUGUCGUCGUUUUCUUAUCUCAUUACUGCUUCCAGUAAAUUGUUCUUGUAGCAAACCAUGA